GCUUGCCACUUGCCCGCGAAGUCCUCUAAUCACUCUUACCAAAUCACACUUGAUCAGGCAGCGCCAUAAAGCCUAAAUAGCUCCUUUUGCGCUUAUUCCACGUGCGUGCCGGUCAAGCUCGACGUGUCCGAGUGGCCUUUUCGCACAUUGGCUCUUUUUGUUCGUGAAUCAACUUAUUUAGGCGACUAAUCCGGCCCAUGCGAGACAGUUGCUUUCUUCUUAGGGGUCUAAAAGCCUCUUAGGCUACGACGGUCACAGAAGGAUUAGGAUCAGGUAAAAGUCGAGAAACGUGGAAACGCGAGGAAUGGUCGAACGGUCGAGGCCUCUGGUCGCUAGAACGUUUUGCUCGUUAUAGAAUACUGUUCGCUAUAGUGACAAGAAUGAGAUUAACUCUAUGAGAGAAGCAACAGCGCGUCAGGAGAGCGGCCAGUGGUAAUCAGGAGAUCUGACAAGGAAGCACGAUAACCUUGGAUCGUCACACACCCACCGGUGAAUUGUCGAGUCCGCGCAGGAACGGGACUCACUGGAGGGAAGGACCCAAGCAGCCAAGCAAGCGCGGGAAGACAGCGACAGAAACAGCGGACAGAGGCCGGCGCAGUUGAGUGAAUUCCAUAAGUUCUUUUAUCUACGCAAGCGCGGCGAUAAGAGCGGCGCGAUGAGCGGCGUGAUGUCGGAUCUGGACCGUCAGAUCGAGCAGCUGAGGCGAUGUGAGCCGUUGAAGGAGUCGGAGGUGAAAGCGCUCUGUAUGAAGGCGAUGGAGGUGCUGGUGGAGGAGAGCAACGUGCAACGAGUCGACUCGCCUGUAACGCUCUGCGGCGACAUUCACGGGCAGUUCUAUGACAUGAUGGAGCUCUUUAAAGUGGGCGGAGAUUGUCCACAAACGAAUUACCUCUUUAUGGGGGAUUUCGUGGACCGGGGGUUCUACUCCGUUGAGACCUUCCUCCUGCUCUUAGCGCUCAAGGUGCGAUACCCUGAUAGAAUCACACUCAUUAGAGGAAACCACGAGAGCCGACAAAUAACACAGGUAUAUGGCUUCUACGACGAGUGCUUGCGCAAGUAUGGGUCGGUGAACGUGUGGAGAUACUGCACUGACAUAUUCGACUACCUCAGCCUGUCAGCGCUAGUGGACAACCAGAUCUUCUGUGUGCAUGGCGGCCUCUCGCCCUCCAUCACCUCACUAGACCAGAUACGAGUGAUUGACAGGAAACAGGAGGUGCCUCACGACGGAGCCAUGUGUGAUCUGCUGUGGUCCGACCCAGAGGAGAUCGACGGCUGGGGGUUGAGCCCGCGCGGAGCGGGGUACCUGUUUGGCGGGGACGUGGUAACCAGCUUCAACCAGAACAACAACGUGGACCUGAUAGCGCGGGCACACCAGCUGGUGAUGGAGGGUUACAAGUGGAUGUUCAACCAGCAGCUCGUGACUGUGUGGUCUGCGCCCAACUACUGCUACCGCUGUGGCAACGUGGCAGCCAUUCUGGAGCUGAAUGAGAAUCUGGAGAAGAAAUUCCGGGUGUUUGAGGCAGCGCCGCAGGAUGCUAGAGGGGCUCCUUCUAGACGACCUGCUCCUGACUACUUUCUCUAAAGGCUCAUAAGAACUCUACACCUACACCAGUACACCAGUGUGCGUGAUGGGGAACUCACAUAUGGCAGUCUUACGUUUACCGAUAUAUUUCUGGAGAAACAUUUGUGGAAAGAACGCCUGUAUGGUUGCUGAAACUGUUGGGCUGAAAAAAUGCCUUAGGAUCUUUCUCAGAGACUAAGUCCCAGUUGUACAAGAUGCUUGAGUAGUGCAGCGGAAGUUGAGUAGUUGAACCCUUGCACUAGUAAGUGAG